GCGCACGCAGUAGCGAGCGUCUCAUCAAACCAGAGCGGAGCCCAGGAGGAGCUAAACAUGGCGACCUCGAAUAAUCCGCGCAAAUUCAGCGAAAAGAUCGCGUUGCACAAUCAGAAGCAAGCGGAAGAGACUGCUGCGUUCGAGGAGGUGAUGAAAGACCUGAGUAUUACUCGGGCGGCCCGUUUACAAUUGCAGAAGACUCAGUAUUUACAGCUUGGUCAGAACCGAGGACAGUACUAUGGCGGCUCUUUGCCAAAUGUCAAUCAGAUUGGAAACACCUCUAUUGACCUUCCCUUUCAGAAUUCAGGAUUGGACACAAAUAGAACAACUCGUCACCAUGGGCUGGUGGACAGGGUCUAUCGGGACAGGAAUCGCAUCACGUCGCCACACCGCAGACCUCUCUCUGUGGACAAACAUGGCCGUCAAAUUGAUAGCUGUCCGUAUGCCUCUGUGUAUCUGUCACCCCCACCUGAUACCAGCUGGAGGAGGACCAACUCAGACUCUGCCCUGCACCAGAGCACUUAUAACCCAAACCCACAAGAUGCAUUUGCAGGAGGAUCUCAAGAUUUCCAGCCAAAACAAGUUCUUCUUCUCACUAUGGCAGGAACAGGGGAAUCUGAGAGUGACAUGGACAACGGAGGUCAAAAGCAGAUAUGGGAUCACAAAAAGACUACAAGGCACGAGUCAAACAAUAUACCUGGAAUCAACAUAUUUCCAUCUCCAGAUCAGGAAAUGACUACAUCUCUAAUCCCAGCGGCACACAACACGGGCGGCUCUCUGCCAGACCUGACCAACAUCCAGAUUCCCCCUCCUCUCCCCACACCUCUGGACCCUGAUGACUCCUCGUCCUCUCUCAGUACCUCCAACAGCACUGGCAACCUGGCCAACACUCACAUGGGCCACACUUCUGCCAGCCAAGCCCAGCCCACAGUGACCGUGAGUAUUCAGCGCCGGCAUGAGAAUGUAGUUCCUCUGAUCCUCAACACCGACUCGCAGCAGCACCAGAGUCUUCAGCAGCUGUCGCCCACCCUCUCUCCUCCGCUCUCUAUAGCACAGGCAGUGGCGAUAGAUGCCAUGUCGCUGGAGCAACAGUUGGCUCAGUAUGCUUUCUUCAGUCAGCCGUCUACACAGACACAGGGGGUCCAGCUCCAGCAGAACAACCAGCUGCCAGCGGUCUCAUGCAACCAGACACAAACCUCUGUGGGCAUUGAUAUUAACACGGCUGCUUCCCUCCAGCAGUACCGCUGUAGGGUGGGGUCUUCGGCCAAUCAGUCUCCAACCUCUCCGGUCUCCAAUCAAGGCUUCUCUCCGGGGGGCUCGCCUCAACACUCAUCCAUUUUCGGAAGUGUCUUUGGCGAUGCCUUUUACGACCAGCAGUUGUCCCCUCGGCAGACCAGCUCUUUGUCUCAGCAGCUGGAGCAGUUCAACAUGAUUGAGAAUUCCUUCGGCUCAAGCAGUCUGUACACUGAGGGAUCCACUCUAAACUACUCUCAUGCUGCGAUGCUUAACCUCACCGGGACUCAAGGCAACAUGCAGGAACUGCCGCAGCUAGGCUACAGCAGCCAUGGGAAUAUCCCCAACAUCAUUUUCACAGUUACAGGAGAGUCUCCCUCGAGCCUAUACAAAGAGUUGUCCAACUUUCUGACAGGUGACGUGAGCUUUGACGCAGAUUCCCAGUUCCCUCUGGAUGAGCUGAAAAUCGAUCCGCUGACGCUGGACGGCCUGCACAUGCUCAACGAUCCAGACAUGAUUCUGGCCGACCCUGCAACAGAAGAUGCUUUCCGGAUGGACAGGCUGUAAUCAUUAGGUAUAUGAUGUUCAUUUGUCCUUUUUUGAGAUCGGUGUGAUUAAGUGGGAGAGGAGCAGCAUGUCUGGGGUACACCUGACCCUGUUUCUCAAAGCCUGUCCUCUGGGAAGAUAUUGCUGAGAAUCUUGCCACAGCAUGCUAGGGGGAAAAUGGAAAAGCAGUGCUGCCACAUCUAAUGAAUCAACCUUUUGAGCAAGCAGCCCAUCGUUUCUUAGGAUAAUACACUCGCACCUCAGCAAUUGUGGUUCCUUUAGCUCUAUAGAGAGAUUGUGACACUACAUAAGAUCCCUCAACGUUCAAGCAUUUCAUUUCCUGUCCAAGCCUCUCCUCGCCUGCCAUACAUGCCUGUUACUUUCCUUUUUUUUUUCUUUAAAUAUAAAUAUUUAGUGAUGCACUUUUCUACAUGCAUAUGCCACAAAAACAUGCUUUUUGAUCUGUUUUGAAUUUAUUUUCACCGAGACAAAUAUACAGAUAUUUCUUGCUUGUAAGAAAAAAAGGAGUGUUAUUCCUCCCCAUUUUAAGGGCAGUUUUCGUGCAACUGCAACAUGUUUAUCUUUACACAUCAACACUAAUGUACUUCAGUGCAGUCUGAACAUAUGAUUGUAAUGUUUAAUAGAUGUCUAGUUUUAUCACGUUGUGCUCAGUUAGUGGUACAGUGCUAAUUUGGCUCAAGAUUAUCAAAUUCAUCUGGUUUAAAAGUGUACAACAGGGAAGCUUAAUAUCAAAAGAAACAUUUACACAUUUAAUGGGAUUAUUGACCCAAAAAUGAAAGUUCUGUGAUCAUUUGCUCACUCUCGCGUUGUUUCAAACCGGUUUACAUUUUGGUUAUGGUUAAGCAUAAAAAAAAAAAAUCCACUUCCGUUACGUUGCUGCUGUCUUAGUGUAUAUGACAAGUGGAAUGUGAGGGAAAAAAAGAUUUUGCCUUGUUGUUUUGGAUUAAAACAUUAUUAAGCCACGUUAAAAGUAUAGUGUUUAUGACAAGUGGAAUGUGAAAAAUUGGAUUAGAACAUUAGUAAGCCACGUUAAGAUUUUGGAGUGACAUGACAGUGAGUAAAUGAAGACAAAACAUUUGAAUUUGCGGUGAACUAUUCCUUUAAAAUGUGCAGCAUAUGCACAUAAACAAUGUAAAAGCCUUGCAGUUUAUGUAUUAGGAAAUCUUUUCAUGACAGUGAUAUGGUGGUGUUUUAAAUCAACAGAAUUAUAUAUUAAAUGUACAGUAUGUAAUGUUAUAGUAUGGCCUAUAAUCUCAGCCAUGGUAACUGGUACAGUCACAAUCAUGCUGCAAACUUUAGCAUUACUUGUUAGUUACUAGUUUACUCUGAAAGAACCAUGAAGACAGUAUGUGAUCGUGAUGAGCGUUUGCAUAUAUCUAUCAGAACUGUUCACUGUGAUAACCAGAUUCUGCCUUAUGCUGAAGAUGCAGUUUUUGUCUGUUUUUGUUCUCCGUAGCUGAAGGUGUUUUCCGGUACUGUAAAAGUUCUCAUUCGUCUUCUGGUGGCUUCGUGAAAUCAUAUGCCCAAAUGGGGAGGUUUACUACUCUUUUUAAAUCCUGUCACUUUCAUCUUUUUCUCAUAUUUCUCAGACUUUUAUACUCUAACCACUUUUGUAAGUGUGACAAUUUUGUUUACAAAAUUGAAAACGUCAAUACGAUCUUAAUGUUUAAAUGAUUGAAAUGCUGAAAAAUAUUUUACGAAAUUUUAUUAUCAGUGUAAAAUUUCUCUACGUACAAGGGGAUAAUCAGAUUUGGAUUAAUAUCUAUGCAAAGCAUAAACAAACACACUAGAUCACAAAAAACAAAACAAAAAAAAAAACUAAAGAAGAGGCUCAAACAGAUGCACGGCUUUUACAGCAUCUGUUGGUUCUGAGUCCAUGCAGCUGAAUUUUACUUGUUACUUGGAUUGCUUUGUCUAUUGUCAGCAAAAAGGAAAAAAAGAGAAGCAGUUAAUGCAUGAAAACCGUUUCGAUUGUCCCGUAAGGGAUUCUUCUUGUAAGGGAUCUGAUUGCACCGUGUAAAUUUCCUGUAUAAAACAAAAGCAUGACCUACAUGUGCUUUGUCUCUGACAACUGUUUUCAUGAGGAUUAUGCUUCAUGUGUUCAAAAUGUAAAAUAAUUGACGGGAAGUAUGUGUCAGGUAAUCAGUUACGGUUAUAUUCUUUUACUUGACUGCCUCAUUGAAAAGAACAGCGUUGCUGAAACCAGAAUGUAUUUCAUCAUUUUUAUGUAGGACCAAACAUAUUACUGAAACUAGCAUUCUUUUUUGUUACUGUGAUAUUUGUGUACCUUUCCAUGUGUUUAAUAGCUGCCCUCUGUGUUGUUGUGGCCCCUCCAUUUCAUUUGCAAGAGGCUGCAUUGUACAGACACUCAUAGCUAUUGAGCUGUGAGCGGGUUUUGUUUUUAGUUUUAUUUUGCAUGUCUGACCAUCACGAGUAUUGGUGAUUGAUAAGCUGUGCACUUUUAUCUCUCUUUUUAUUUUACAUCUCUAUAUACGUGUUCUGCAUUUGUGAAAUUACGACAUGAAAUCACUUCCUACAUUUACUUGGCACUUUAAUAGAUUCCCGAUCUCCCCCCAUUUAUUUUUCACCUCUCUGAGUGACUGUUAAGUGCACUGGGUCUAUCCCCCCCCCUGUUUGGCCGACUUUGCCUUCUACUCUAAGACAAGUAUUUUUGAAAAGGAAAAAAGUAUCUGUUAUCUAUUUAUUAUUUUUUACUUGGUCAAUGCAAAAAAAAAAUUAUAAUAAUAUAAAAAAAACUUUUUUAUGUAGUGUUAGGAAAAAGUAUAAAAGUUUCCCGAUAUUACCGAAAUGCAUUCAAGAAGGCAGGUUACCUUUCUGCGUCUCAAUUCACUGUCCGUUUUACCUUUUAUAAAGCUUCAUCUGUGGAUCAUAGUGUACCGUUACCAUGAACUGAACCAAUCCAGAACAUAUCUGGUCCAGAAAGGAGAGCAUGCAGACAAGACAAGGUCCUUCAUCAUAAGUUAACUGAUAACUUGUUCAGUAUCUAAUGUAUGCACAGUUUUCGUGUAUAUAAAUGCUACACUUAUACAUUUCUAUAUUUUAAAAAGUAAGAGUAGAUCAUAAAAUGUCAGGAGUAUGGAGAAAAAAAAAUGAAUUCUAUAUAUACAUGCAUUAAAUGAACUGUAUGUUUUUACAUUUUAAAAUGCUUGAAGUGGACGCUAUACUGUCCGUCCGUUCAGGGGUUCAACACUUUACUCAAUCUCAUGGUUUAAACACGCAGAUCUAUGUUCAUCAUCAAGUGUGCUCACACUUCUAGCCAAAUCAUAAAAGAAUCCCUGCUGCAAAUGUACAUGCAGUUUUGCUUUUCAGCCUCUAUACACUGAACCUUGUUGAAGCUUUGUUAAAUAAUAUCUACUUAUGUCUUUGUUUUGUAAUGUUUGCUGUAGAACUGUUAAUUUCUGCCGAUAUUCUUUUAGUUUGUGUUUUGUGUGUGUGUGCAUUGGGAAUUUGAUGUUUAAGUACUGUAAAAGUUGUCUUCACAUGCAUCAAGGUCUCUUUGCUGCAGUGUGUUGUAGAUUUGUGAUUUGUUUGCAGUGGUUGCUCUAUCCACUCACUUACUAGAUUUUAAAAUAUCGGUCUUGGCCAGUUUUCUUUUAGCAAAAAUAUUUUCACAAGUGUCCUAAUAAUGCGGAAAAAUGUAAAAUAUUUAUUUUGCUGGAUACAAUCAAAAACAAAUUAAGCCGUGUUUUCAUUUCGUUAACUUAUAUAGGUAUAUCUAAAGUUUCACAUUCAUAUAAUGAUGUGAAAAAAAAUAUGAGUAUUCGAAAAAAAUUGGGGAUGUUUUUUUUUUAAUACCUAAUUUCCAUAUAAUUCUCUUCAGUAAUGAAGACACUUUAAAUUUAAAGUGGUUAUUUAUUUCAAUAGGUUUUGAAUUGCGCAGAUGCUAAUUUUCUGAGUGUGCCAAUAGAUUUUUAACCACCUUUUAACCCAUCCAAAACAGUUUUUUUGUUUGUCUGUUUUUUUUGUGGCCCAUUCAUAGUUCAUUUUCUUUCUAUUAAUUUCCCGAUCAGUAAUUUGCCAAAACGACCAGUUCAUAGGGCCAGAAAAAGAAUAGUGCAGACAGUUUGCUUGUACACUUUAAUUGCAUUUUGUCUAUAAUUGACAAGCCAUUGAAAAAAAAAAAAACAAAGUUCGUUGUUUGUAAAAAAAAAAAUAAAUAAAUUGAAAUGCUUCUGCUACUGACUGCUAAUGUUAUGUAUUCAAUAUAAAGAUGCUCUUGAGUAAUUGUCAUUUUGCCUCAGCGACUACCUAGUGACUUUGUUGACCAACAGUAAGAUUUUACUUUCUUAUUUUAGGACACCUUUAUUUAAAAACAAAACCGUUAUGUACCUUGGUGUAUAAUCUCUCCCAGGGCCAACCAUUUACAUGAGACUCUAUUUGCCUUCAGCCGUCAACACUAAAAAACCUGCUUUAUAUUGGGUGAACUUUCGCUGCAUGGUACUGAAUAUUAAAAUACCCGCAAGUCUCCAUGUGAUGUCCUGCUUUUUCGCAGUUAUCAAGCUCUGAGUAUAUCUGAACUCUCUGCUAGUGCAUUACUAAAACUUUUGCAACUGGAAAUAUCAUUUUUGACGAAGUGGUUUUGUAUCUCUUUUUUUUUUCUUCAUGAACAAAAAAAAAACAUUGUUAUAGUACUAAAGAAACAACUUGAUAAUGCAACCCACUGGAUUUGAAACGUAUACAUGACAAAACUUUAAAAUACUCUGUGCAUUUAAUGAAUGUGAACUGUCUCGGUGGUUCAUAUAUAUAUACAAAGGCAGCUAAUUUCUAUUUUUUUCAAUGUAUGAUAAUUCAGAUGUUGCACAUACAUUUGACUGCAAAGUUCAGACGUUAACUCAAUUUGUUGCAAGAAGACAUAACUAUACUCACCAAAUAUGCAAACCUAGCUUUUAGGAACAUAGAUCUGCAGCUUUGUGGUUUGUUUUAUCUGACCCUUUAAAAUAAAAGGAAAAUAUGUUCCUAUCACUACAUGUUUUCUAUGAAAUCUAGAAAACGAAAUAAUAAUAAAAGAAUAUAAAACAUUGUGGGCUUUGUAAGUGUGCUACUUAUUUAAAACAAAAUGUUAUCAAGCUUAAAUUCCAUUGUCCUUACUGUAUUUUCCUGUGGAAGCUUAAGUCUUUGUACCUUUGCAUUAAUAUUUGUUUAAUGAAUUGAAUAAAAUGUUAAAACGCA